AUGAUAGACACAGCUUGCAAACAGUUUGUAUUAAUAGUAACUAGGCAGGUAAUAAGUCAAAUAAGAUCGAAAAAUGUUCGAAGUUUUCACACAGCUAUUCAACAUCACACAGGUCAGUUCGCCAGACCCUCCUCCUUCACGCCGCUCUGCUCAAAAUGCAACGCCAACGAUGUAAACAACCCAAUGUCAAGGAAUUCAAGAACGCUAAAAGGUUUUAAACAGAAACAGACUCGUCGGUUUUUCAGCUUUGUGCAUCCAAAGUUAGACUUGCCAAAGCUGGGUUUUGUGUUUCAAGGCUCCACAUCAUUUAAGCCAUUAUAUUAUUCCAGAAGAGCAAACCCUUUAGAAGAGUCAAUAAGCGUCAAGUUUGCAAGAAGCUCAGGUCCUGGUGGUCAGAAUACAAACAAAGUUAAUACUAAAGCAGAAAUCAGAUUGAAACUAGCCAACACAGAAUGGAUAUCAGAAGAUGUGAAGGAAAAACUUGCACAACAGCAAAAGAACAGAAUGAACAAAGAUGGAGAGAUCAUUGUUUUCUCUGACAAAUAUCGAUCGCAAUCUCGGAAUCUUAAAGAUGCGAUUGAAAAACUUAGAGAAAUGAUAGAAGCUGCAAGUUAUGUACCUGAAGGCCCAACGGAAGAUACCGUCAAAAAGAUACUGGAGAGUUUGGAACGGGAAAACGAGAGGCGUCUGGAGAACAAGAAAUAUCGAUCUGAUAAAAAGAAACAUCGGAAAGCUACUUAAAUUUAAUUUGUUUACAAAAUGAAGGUCGAGCUGUGUUUCCAAUCAUCAAAAGUGUGGAUUUGAAUCAUCGUUUGGUAUCCGCCAUACUGUUGUGACAACCGGCAAGAUCCUCUGUAUGCCGAAGAAUAUUUGAUAUCAGAAGAAAAAUUUUUAAUUCAUCGAGGUAACAGAUUCUUACCUCUUAGAAAAGAAAAUUUAAAUGUCAAUAAAAUCUGAAUGGGCUUAGUGCAGUUUCAUUUAGAAGCCUGCUCUGUUUGUUACUUGAAUCAUCAUGUCGAUAAACACAGCUGGAGAGCACUUCUAUAAAGCGUAUCUUUCUUUCGAAAGAUGUCGCAUCUCCCUUUCCAGAAUGUAUUCAGUCACGAGCAAACAACGGUUUAACUUGAAAAGAAAAGACAUCGUAGAGAUUGUAGAGUGCAGAUGUUCAAUGCGAAUCGGUGACGCGAUCUGAUGCUUCCGUCAACAUUCAAGCACAGAAUAGAGAGAUUCAAGACCCGUUGUUGUGCAUCUGUUUAAGGGCGUAUGCUAUGCUCAUCAAGAUUCCUGUGGUUUUAGUUAAAAUUUGUUUUUUUAUCUGAAAUUACCUGCAAUCUGUUGAAGCUCGUCUGCAUCAACAGGGGACGAAAAUUCUUCUAAGAUGUGAGUCGUCCCCCUUCUUGGGGAAAAAGAUUGAUUGAGCGAUUAUGAUCUCUUCAUCAUAAGAAGGGGGUUGCCUCAUUUACAGAAAUUUCACCCUCUUCUUUCAGCCACUGAGAAUGCAGAUAUUUGCUGUGGAAAAAGGGGUGAUUAAUUCAGAUUAACAUAGCAAAUUUUCACUUGUUCCUUCAAAACUACUGCCUACGUCUCCUGGUAAAAGUCUUAAUUCCCUAGGAGUAGCAAUAGUUCUAUAUUGACAAUAAUUUGAAGCCAUAUCUUACUUUUAUAUAAUAAAUGUAAUGUCAUGUUACUGUGUUUUCGUCUGAGUAAAAUUCUAUGUCGUCCUUUUAAGCCAUUUGAAUUCUUGUCAAACACAUUUGCUUAGCAGUCCCGGAUAGUUAAUUUAUUUCAUUUAAUCAAAGACAUUAUGUUCCGAUGAAUUUCGAUGUUCACUUAAAUUCUCAUUGGAUGAGUUAAACAAUAGGCUAUUGUUAAUGUUCCAAUCAGCGCCUGGACCUGCCAUAUUACAUAUAGGUGACGGGAACAAUAUACUGACAUGACCUUGUGCCAUUAACUUUUUUUGGUAAUCAAAUUUUAAACUAGCCUUAAUGCAAUACUUUAUCUGUUAAAACUCAUGUAUAGUUAACGUCCCGGCCUAUUGAAUUUCCUGUUAAAAAGUCAAAAAGGGGUUAAAGAUAUUUGACGACAAUAUAAAGUUUCGACACUGAAGCAAUAAGUAAAACCUCUUUAUUCCUAGUUGUUUAUUACCGAACACUUCUAGCAGAGUUCUUAAUUUUCAGACAAAAAAUGGUUUUGUAUUGUUCAAUCUCGCACUUUUUAUUCAGAUUUUUUUGUAUCAUAAAUUUCCCUCUCAGAGUCAAAAAUGAUAAAACUACUUUUCAUAAGCUCAUUGUGAAAACAAUUCAACGACCGAACCCGAACCACACCCCUUAAUUUUUGUCUGAAGAGUUUUUCAGAUAUAAGCCACUUUGGCUUGAGAAAGAUGAACAAUUUUUACGCUGGUAUUUUGUCACAUUACUUGAUUAUAACUUUAUUUUCAAUCUAGAGAAAAAGCAGUUUCAGAAUACUGUUUAGUAAGGCUGAAAUUAGCGUUGGUGUUGGGCGUGGUAAAUUAGAAAUUCUAGUAUUCCACAAUGCACAAGAUACGAGAAUUAAUCCGUCAGGACUGCCUCUAAAUACGCGGAAUCUUUGUAAUUAAACUUCAGAGCUCAGGUAGAUAAAGGAAAAAGAAUUCAAAGAGCAUUUUUGUUGUCAUUUGAUUGGAAUGGCCUUAAAUCAAAUUUCUUAAUUUUAUAAUCAUCGUUGAAGCGGGUAAUCAUAUAAACCAACACUACACCUGUCGUUUUCAAAAGACGCAAGGCAUCCUAAAUCGAUUUCCAUGCACUUUUCCACCUGUUUAGAACCCGACUGUUCUUCGCUUUGUUAUCUUUACCAUCUUUCGAUCUAUUCGUAUUUGGAGGGUUUAUGUUUGUUAAAUAUCAUACGAAACUUACGUAUCCCUUUUGAGUGUGUCUAAAAUUGUACGCUGAGACAGCUGUACGAACGUGCUAUGCCUCAUAUAUAUAUAUAUAUUGACACUUUUAGGACAUGCAUGACAUAGUCUAAAAUAUGCUGUUUAUAGCACGUAUGUUCUUUGAUUUAUGUGUCAUCACCUCGCUUUAUCAAAGUGUUUCUUCUCUUGUUAUAUUCGUGAGGGCUUUGUUGAGUGGCGUAGAAAUGAGGGGUAGAAAAAGAAGCUUGUUGACAAUGAAUGGAGGAAAAGCAGUGUAACGUUAGAAAUUUCUUCAAGAGAAGAAAACAUCGAUCUAAUGAGGAGAAAUGCAUGCAAGAUUCGUAGCUUUUCAAGGCUCUAGAAGCUUAGGACAAAGUUUUGGAUAUUUUUCUUACUUAUGUAUUCACAGUAAGUCUAAGCGUAUUUUUAGUGUCAUUGCAACACUAGUUUGCCAGCCAUAAUUACGGUCAUAGUAGGUCAACCAUGAUGUUUUGAUCAAAAGUUCCGUUUGAUGUGAGACAUAUGUACACAGACCAGCUUCUAGUUUGGUUUUUUAUGAGGUUUUUGGUUUUCCAUUUACAGACAGCUCAAAGUCGGAGUUUUGCGUCCUUCACCUUGAAUUACUUAGGCCCUGUUCACACUACUCCGUUAACCGAAAAAAAUCUCUCUGUUUUUGCCUUGAGCUCACACUGCUCUGCAAUGAAUACGGAUACUUUGGAAUUUGCUGUGUUUUUAUACACUCUAUUUUGUUGCGUGAACACCAAAAACGUAGAAACUUGAUUAUGCUCACAAAAUAUUCUAAAUGUGCUUUCUGGUGCACCAGACAUUUGAAGAUGAAGAUUUCGUAAUAGACUGUCGCUUUUGCAAAAUUUCAUUGACGAUUCAGAUGACGGUGGAGUUUGGCGGAAUUUCUGUCUAGAAAUACUGCCUUAGCAUUUGUUUAAAAAUGAGGCUUUUUAUCGAAUGUUUUUUUAAUUGGAGUAGUGUGAACAUUUACCAGUUACCUUAAUCAAAACGUGGUCAUUUCGAAAUGGAUUAGUAUGAUGGACAUCACUUUCGUCAACAGAAACGUAGAGAAUCGAUUAUAGAACAGUGUGAACGUAGCCUUGAUGCUCUAAAGUUUCUUGAAAGACUUGCUUAUCACCAUCAAUUUGACACAGUAGAACGUAUAGUUUACUGUGUUAGCUGUUGUGCUGAAAGUCAUACUUGUGGCGUAACAUCCUAUUUCAUUAACUUUUUCAGAGAGAUAUUGUUUUGCGCUGCCUAAAUAUAGCCUAUAUUUUGCACUUUUGUUAUUCUUAAAACCACUCAUAGAUGCACACAAAUUUAUAGUCGUUCUGUGUUUUAUAUUUUUUGAUAUGAUGUAGCAAACGAAUUGUUACUGCAAUCAAAUAUUGACAAAAACAGCCACUUGACUUACAGGCUUUUAAAUCUCAAAGGGAAGUUUUAAGUAAAAAUUUGAUAAGGCAAAAUGAAAGUUUUGUAAUCAGAUUUGAAUUCACUCUGAGUAUCACGGAAAAAGUUGACGGCUCACAAGAUGACAAACAGAAUUAGAAAUUGCUAAUCGGCGUACAUGUUUCAACUUAGUAUCCCAGCAAAUGGCAAUUUUUACCUAUUCUGUUUACUGUGUAAAUUUUGCAGUAACAAAUCAGAUUGUUGUCUGUACUUUUUUCGUUGUUACGACUUCGACAUUGAUUUUCUAUAAGAGUAGAAAUCAGGCUAUUGUCUCUGUCAAUGACGCAAUAGAAUGGUAGGAAUGCUUUUCUCCUAUAUAGAGACAACGGCCUUCUUUUACCAACAAAGUCUUAAAAUAUGAAUCUUUUUCUAUGACAUUCAUACCAUGUUUCAAGCAAACGACAUGUCUAUCUGUCUUGUUUUCUUAAUGAAGAACUUUCAAGUUCUUAUUUUGCUAAUGAUCAUAGAAGAACAGAUGGAAUCAUUGUACUUCCUGUUUCUAUUUUCCUCAAUUACAUUUAAAGCCAAAUGCCUAUACUCAAAUUUCAAGGAGCAUUUUGUUUCUUCAAUUUCAAUUUCGCUUUAAACUGCGUUCUCGUCAGACUGCAACGUGAAGCGCGGACAGCUGAAGAAGACUAGAAUUGAGAAAUUGAAACCAGAUAUUUCUGCGUCUUUAUUCGAUUAAGAACAUAAUAUCAAGUUGCAUAAUUCAGCUUUGCAAAAAAGGACAUGUGAGACGGUUAUUCAAUUAAGAUAAAUAAAAGUUGAAUUCUACAUGAUGUCAAAUCGAUACUUUCUUGUUUCAUGUCAAGCUUUAUGAGUUACUUGUUCGGAAGGUCACCCGUCUUUUUCUGUUCAUUGAUAGAAUCCAACUCUAUGCGAAACAUCAACUUCAUCAAAAGAUGGAAAUUUUCAGUUUUCGUAAAUGCCAGGGUGGCGUGAGGGUGUCACACCAUCCCAACCUUUGAGUUUCUUUGAAUAAGUCCGAAAAUUGAGAGUAAUCAGAAAAUCUAAGUCGAAAUUCCAAAUGCUUUUUUUGUCGAAAAUGUAAAUAAUGCUAAUGCUGCAAAUGUUCUCAAUUCAGAAAGGAAAUGACCGACAAGUAUUUCUUUGAGGUUCUUUAAGUAAAGGCAUAGUGCAAUUUAAGUACAAAAUUUCAAUUGGCUUAUUGUAAGUGGGAAAUUUCGUACCCUUACCCUCCAAAACAAACUGUCAAUUUACGUCCCUGUAAUUUUUUCGUUUU